CGUCUCCAAAUAUCAACCUCCGCGCUGCGAGCCGAUGCUCGGAUAGUAGUUUAUAUUACUAGUAGCCGUAGCUUACCUACAAGUCGACAGCUAAGGGCGAGGGCGAGAAGGACUCAUAGUCAUCAGUCUUGUUUUCUCAAGCUUUCCGCACGCUUUUUGUCUUGUCGUCUGUCUUCCUUGGGCGUCUCACUGCCUACUGUACAAUCCGAUCCUGCCUUUGACCUGGAUUUACGACCUGUCUGCCGGUUGCUCCAUCGAGUGAAUCCACGGGUUUGACUGAGAGAGAGAAGGAGAGUCAGAAACAAAAUGUCGUUUCUCGAGUCCACGAUGCGCGCAUCCAGUGAGGCGUCGAGGUGUUGGCGGACAGCGCGGUAUUUCACGCGCAACAAGAGACAGCAAAACCUCAUGUUCGCACGCUCCUUUUCCUCCACGCUCCGCCGCAAUGAAAUCAACAAGAUCGUCCCAUCUGCCGCCGAGGCAAUCAAGGACCUCAAGUCCAACUCGACGCUCCUGUGCGGAGGAUUCGGUCUCUGCGGCGUUCCCGACACGCUGAUCAACGAGGUUGCAAAGACACCCUCGAUCACAGGAUUGACAGCCGUGUCCAACAAUGCAGGCAUCCCCGGCGCCGGGCUCGGUCAACUAUUGGAGUCUCGACAGGUCAAAAAGAUGAUAGCCAGCUACGUCGGAGAGAACAAGGUUCUGGAACAAAUGUACUUGGGCGGCGAGUUGGAGCUGGAACUUACACCGCAAGGCACGCUGGCCGAACGAUGCGCGGCAGGCGGCAAAGGUAUCCCAGCAUUCUACACGCCCGCUGCGUUCGGGACGGUAGUGCAAACGGGCGAAAUCCCACUUCGACACAACCCGGACGGCACGGUGGCUGCGUUCGGUAAGCCGCGCGACGUCAAAGUGUUCAACGGCAAAAGCUACGUGAUGGAAGAGGCCAUCCAAGGUGACUACGCAUUCGUCAAAGCCUACCGCGCCGACAAACUGGGCAACUGCCAGUUCCGGCUGGCGGCCAACAACUUCAACGGUGCCAUGGGCCGCAACGCGAAGGUCACCAUCGUCGAGGCAGAGCACAUUGUCGAGGUGGGCGAGAUCGACCCUGUCGCCGUACACUUGCCGGGCAUCUACGUCAGCAAGGUGAUCCAAUCCACAGCCGAGAAGAAGAUUGAAAAGUACGUCAACCGCAAGGAGGAAGGCGAGGGAGAUAUCAAGGACAGCCUGGGCAAAGGAGACACGGCCUCCAAGCGCGAACGUAUCGUCAAGCGUGCCGCAAAGGAGUUCCAGAACGGCAUGUACGCCAACCUGGGCAUCGGCAUGCCCAUGCUUGCUCCGUCGUUCGUCGAUCCCUCGGUUGAAGUUCAGCUGCAAUCCGAGAACGGCAUUCUUGGGCUCGGUCCUUACCCAAAGAAGGGAGAGGAAGACCCAGACCUGAUCAACGCCGGGAAGGAGACUGUCACUCUUAACCCCGGCGCCUCGUGUUUCGGGUCCGAAGAGUCCUUUGGCAUGAUCCGCUCCGGCCGCAUCAACAUGUCCAUGUUGGGCGCUAUGCAGGUUUCCGCCCGUGGUGAUCUGGCUAACUGGAUGUUGCCCGGCAAAGUCAAGGGCUUUGGUGGUGCUAUGGAUCUUGUUUCUAACCCGGAGAAGACCAAAGUUGUCGCUCUGAUGGAGCACACUGACAAGAAGGGUAACCCCAAGAUUCUGAAACAGUGCGAGUUCCCGCUUACGGGUCGCGCUUGUGUCAGCAGAAUUAUUACUGAGCUGUGUGUCUUUGACGUCGACUUCACCAACGGCUUGACUCUGAUCGAGGUCGCCGAGGGCGUCACCGUCGACGAGGUCAAGGCAAAGACCGAAGCUCCCUUCAAGGUCGCUGACAACCUCAAGACUUUCUAGACGAGACGCCCUUGGGUGUCACUUCUUUGGCUGAAAUGCCCAGAGGAGAAGCCCUUGGACGUGCAAAGCGGGUAGAGACGAUCAAUCACUCCAUGGUGAUUGGUUACACGACACAACAUGAUCUCGAGGACGUACUUAUUUGAGCAUCUCAGCCAAAGCCCGGAGGGUUCUUGACUUUUGCGCUUUCUCGGAUUCGAUUCGCGAUUUCAAAUCCAUUCGCAUCAGGCAUACAUACUGAGUGAUGAAGGAAUUGUGUCGGUGUGUGGACUAUAUGACGAAAGAAACUGGAAAGCGCCAAAAGCGCCGACCAGCAAACAAAACCAUCCGUCGUUUCUGGAUUGGUGGUCUUGAUUUUUUUUCCCCCUCUGGUGAUUGCUUGGUUGUUUUUGGAUGUCAGCGGCGUUGAGCACAGAGCGGAGCCGGGACUUUGGAAUUCUGUUCUGCUGCCGUUCAAUUCCAUUCGCACCGCGCGCGCGUAUUGCAAGUUCACAUCGCGGGAGAAAUCUUACCUACCUGGUAUAUACCCAGGUAGCUAGGUAGCUAGGUACAGUAGCUAUCGUAGGUACCUCCUCUAUAUCAAAAGAAAAUAGCAAAAAGCAUGGAUCGGGUAUUCUGAAUACCAAGAUUGAACAGAUUGAUCAUAAGGCA